CUUCUCGGAUAAAGUGACAUAACCUCAAGGGAAGGUAAAAAGUGAAGUAUUUUGGUGAUUUUGGUUUAGAAAAGACAGGAAAUUGCAGUGAUUUGAUCCCAGGAAGAGCUGAAGAUGUUCAUCAAGCCAUUCAAAGUAAAAAGCAAGCUCCUCCUGCGCAGCAGCGAGAGAAAGAAGCUCCAAGUGAAGAUAACAGGCAAGUAUCCAAAGCUGACAGAGGAAAAUUUCGGGCGGAUUUUUCCAUCUUCCGGGAAUAUUCACCACACCAAAAUCAUAACAAGUGCCGAGGAGACUGUCUGGGUGUACCUGGCAGACAAACAGCCCAUGUUCUUCGAACUGAGCAAUGGAAAUAUCUAUCCGACAAUCCAUGCUCUCUGGGUAGUACCCCAUUUGCUUUCCAGCGUCACAACUCACCCUGGAGUCCUGCCAAUACUGGCAAAGGGUGCCAAUCUGAUGACCAGGGGCGUGGUGAAGCAGGGACAGGGGGCUCAGGCAUGGGCAGGAUUCUCCAGAGGAGAAACCGUGGCUGUUAAUUUAACGUCCAAUGCAAAUGCCUGCGCUGUGGGCAUUUUUGCUCAAUCCAGCAAUGAUCUCUACCUCUCUGGUGGAACGGGGGUUUGUGUGGAGAUUCUCCAUGUCUUUGGCGACAAACUCUGGUCAAUAGAACCUGGGGCUUGUGUGCAAAUCCCCAUUGGAGAGCGAGUUGUAGCUGAGCUCAAAGCCAGUGACUUUCCUGCUCUCGGAGCUGAGAAAAUUCGUCCAGAAAAGCCUGAUAAACAGGAAACCUCCGAGGCGGCAACAGAUGAACUGGUGGAAAAACUCGAGGAAACAGCAAUUGAAGAAGUAGAAGUGGAAAAAGAAUCCCCGGAUGAUGUGCUAAAGCAAGCCUUCCUGACUGCCCUAAAAGUCGACAGGGACAAGUUUUCCCUGCCCCUGCUGACCAGUACCUUCUACGCCAAUCACGUCCAGGCUGUGACACCAGAAAACUUCAAUAUAAAGCACACAUCCUUCAAGAAAGUCACCAAAUUCCUCCAGCAAAUGGCCGAGGAGGGCUUUCUCGUGGUCCGGGAAGAGAAAAAGGGAAUUGAGAAGAUCAUCUCGAUUGAUUUUGACCACGCGGAUCUUGUGGCAUUGAAACCAGGUCAAACCCUAGCCCCUAAGCCCAAAUCCGAGCCCGAAGAUGAAGCCCCCAAACCAAUUCAACUCCUAACCUCAAUGACCAAGAUCUUCCUCAUCACGGACACUACACUGCCCUUCUUUAGCCACUUCGAGCACAAGACUGGCCAGGCACUGCAGGAAGGUGAAGUGGAGAAGAAAUUUGCGACGUACGUGAGGAAGAAGAAGCUCCAGAAUGCCGAGAAUAAGCGUCUAAUUGAUCUGGAUGAGACACUAGCAGAGAUUUGUGGCCGGGAGGUUUCUUCAACGGUGAACUACUCAACAAUCCUCCAAGAACUCUUGGAAAAAAUGCCUACGAACUUCGAGAUGCGCGCCAAGGAGAAGAUGGACAAAGUACCCAACAUCCAGAUCAGCCUGGCCACCCGCAAAGGCAACAAGAAGGUCACUCUGAUCAGCAAUCUCGAAGCCCAUGGAAUCUUCAUCCCUGACUUUGCCAAUCGCUGCAAACUUGGCGUCCAGGCCAGUACCACAGUCACCCAGACGCCCUGCGCCAAGGGAGACACACUCCAGAUCCAAGGAAACCAGGUUCGCUUCGUCCAUACCCUCCUCACGGACACCUACCACAUCCCCAAGGGCAAAAUCUCUGGCCUGGAGUUGGCUCGAAAGGAACCCAAAAAGAAGAAAUGAAUCCUGAAACCCAUCUCAAUAAAACUUCUCCCAAAAAA